UGUUUUGGCAGUUUCCAGCAGACUCCCAACAACGACCUCUGCCAUGAACCCAGCCACUGUCACCUCUGUGGGCGGAGCUCUGUCGGAGCAGUGCAGGGUUGCUGCUAUCACUGUGACGCUGGCAAAAGACUUCCUCCUCAGCUACAACAUCCAAGAGAACUCUCUGUACCUGGGGGAGAUGGGAUGCCGGGUCAAUGGAGGGAACUCCACUCAUGUUCAGCUGACUGUGGCUUGGAAUGAGUGUGCCACACGGCUCAUACAUAAUGAAAGCCAUUGCAUAGCAUCUGUAACCCUGUUCAGCACCACGGAUCCUUACACGUCCCCGAAUGGUACAGUGGGGGCUCCAACAGUAGCUCUACGAGUCCCUAUCAUGUGCACGUACUCAAAGGAAAUGCUGAUCUCUGCAGACUUUGGCUCUAUGGGGUAUGACGUGGUCAAAGACAUCUUCAGCCGUGUGGGGGCUUUGCCUGUGCGGCUGCAGCUGAUGAACAGCUCAGCACUUCUGCCUCCCAAUCACAGGCUGCCCUCCCAGCAGGAACUGGUCUUGGAGGUCAGCCUCAACCGCACCUCAGAAGAGAUCAGACCGAUCAUGAAGAAGUGCUGGGCCACAUCCACCCCAGACCCAGAGGGGGAUCCCAGCUACACCUUCCUGGAGAACAGUUGUGCGCUCAACAGCUACACACAAGUGCUGACGAACGGGAACUCCACCAGCUCCCGUGUGUCCGUGAGGAUUUUCUCCUUUGUCAACCUGACUGUGGUCUACCUGCACUGUCAGGUCCAGCUUUGCAUAGAGCGGGGAUCGGAUACCUGCACGGCCGACUGUCCACAGAGAACUGCUCGGACAGCAAAGACAGUCGGAAGGGGGUUUGGAUCAUCUGGACCUCUAUUAAUGUCAGAUGAAGAGCUGGACAUGGAAACACUCGACACUCCUUACGUGGCUGGGCUCUCCUGUCUCGGCAUCGGCCUGUCGCUCUUCUUCAUCAUUGGAUUCUUCUGUCUCUUUUACUACCAGAGGAACCGCAUCGGACACCACAACUCCAAUGUGAAACCCAACCAAGAAAACUUCACUUACAUCGACAUAAACCCUUAACCCGUCAACACCUGAGGCGUCGUCGGUGACGCUUAAACACUAAAUCAUUCACAUACUGUAACUUUUCAAUCAUUAACACGGUAAUUCCAGUAGAUUAUAGGAGAAAAGCGGCUGAGCGGCAGGUACAAUCUACUGGAAUUAUAAGUGUUAAUGGAAGUAAAUGAUAGAACAUAAACACUGGAGCUCGGGUGUUAAAGGAUUGCAGCAGAAACAACUGUUGCCACCAGAUGUCCCUCUUGUACUGAAAGCUCAUGAUUACCCUCUGGUGAUGCUAGUUAGAAGAUAUCAUGUUCCCUUUCCUCCUCUGUAGACACGUCAGGUGAUGCUAAUGUUGUUAGUGUUGAAGAGAAUUAAGC